UAUGCAGGUAUUCUACUUCAUUCGACUUACAUGUUACUGAACACCUGUUUCAAAGUAAAGUUCUUAAAAAAUGGAUUACAAGUUGGUGUUGUUGGCGUUUAAUUUUUUAGUAAUUGGUGUAACGGCCUUAUCACCAAUUACGAUUAAAAUUGCACUAGGAGCAGCUCUUUUUAAAAUAAAAUCGAUGAAGCAGCUGACUAUUAAUAAUGAAUUACUCAUUAAUGUACCAAAAAUUCUUGAGGAAUACGGUGUUGGUUACGCGAAAUUUAAUAACUUAACUAUUUAUGGGUUCGACACCAUGGCGUAUGACUUUGAUCCUGUAGAUUUACCAGAUGAAGGUGACUUUACAGUAAAUAAUAUACCCGUAAACUUGUCAUUUGCUGAAAUAGGAGUACGUAGUAAAUAUUAUGUGGACAUGGGAAUUUUAGAUACUAUACCUGUUUAUGGAGAAGGAGAUUUUCGACUAGGUUUCAACGAAACAAACGUUUUUAUAAACCUAACCAUGAGCGAUCAAUAUGCUCAAAACAUUUCAAUAAGGGAUUUUGAUUUGAAGUUCGUCAUGCGAGAUUCUAAUCAAAACUAUAUUCGCAACUUUUGGAAGAACGAAGUGGUCAGCAAUUUUCUUUCGAGCUUAAUAAACGACAUAGAGCCGUUAUUCUGCGCUUGGUAUGACUACAACAGCGAAUGUAUCGAUUGCAUUUUGAGCAGGAUUAUUCAAAAAAUAGCAGAUCAGGUUUUGUAUCCCGGCAAACAUUCGCAUAUUAAAUGCCGAUGCUUAAAUGAAGUCACUGAUGAAAUGCAAAACAUUCUCGACGGUUUUUUGCAAGCAUUGGACUCAAAUACAUUGCAAAUGUGGAUAAAAGAUACUUUAAAAAAGCCACAAACAGUGAAAGUAGCCCGAAAAAUCUACGACAAUAUUUUAUUAACUGUAAAAGAUGAAAAUAACCUGUUGAACUGAAAAUGAAUAAAUUAAUAAAAAAAUCACCUAACUACUAUAUGUAGUUGGCGUAAUAUUUAAAACAUCCUCUUAACACUAGCGUAGGUUUAUUUUUUA